AUGGCGGGACGGGCUAUUGCGCUCACGCUGAUCACGGCCCUGAUCGUUAUAAUAAGCGCGUGCGUAGCGCAAGCCGCCUCUAGACCCGCUAGUCUGCGGCUGGUGAAGCUGGGAGGAAGCGCACAGGAUCCGAAAUGCCUCGAUGGCAGUCCUCCCGCCUACUUUCUCCGCGACGGCUAUGGCUCCGGCGUCAACAACUGGCUGGUCUACUUGCAAGGCGGCGCGUGGUGCACGAGCAAGACGGAGUGCGCGCAGCGCGCCACGACGCCGCUGGGCUCGAGCAAGUUCUGGCCCGAACCGAGUAGCGCCUCAUUCGUGCGCGUGAUGCGGAACUUGAACAGCCAGUUCACGGGGCUGCUGAGCAGCAGCGAGGUGCAGAACCCCGACUACUACAACUGGAACACCGUCAUGGUCGUCUACUGCGACGGCGGCGGGUACGCCGGCACGGCGGGCGCCGUCAAAGUCAACGCCUCCACCACCAUCCACCUGGACGGCCGUCGCAUCCUCAAAUCCAUCGUCGCAGACCUGGCUAAGCGAGGCAUGGCGACCGCGAAGCGCGUCCUGCUGACGGGGUGCUCCGCUGGAGCGCAAGCGGUGUCCACGUCGUGCGAUGACGUGGCGGCGGCAGUGCCGGCCGCCAACACCAAGUGCCUCAUGGACGCCGGCUUCUUCCUCGAUGGGUGGGACGAGAACGGCACCCCUGCGUUCCGCACCAUUGCACAGAAGCUGGUUGACGUCCACCAGGCACAGUAUGACGCCGACUGUGUUAAAGCAAACCGCAAGGUGACUCAGUGGAGGUGUUUCUUUCCGCAGAAUAACCUGGAGUUUGUGUCAACACCCGUCUUCAUCAUCAACUCUAUCAACGACUACACAGCCAUGGAUAUCCUUAACUCCGCAAACAAGGCAUCCAAUGCGUCCUCCUCCAAUGUCCUACUGUGCCUCGACGAGCUUCGGCCGUCCGGAGGCACGGCAGGGUACGUUCCCAAGGCGGUGAAGCAGCCUCGGCGCAAGAAUGGCAACGCCACGUGCUCCGCAGCAGCUCGGGACGCGCUCAAGCGCUACUCGGUGCGGCUGCAGAACCGCAUUCAGAGUUUGGCUCGGCGGCGGCCGAACACUGACACGUUCCUGCUGGGCUCGGUGGCGCACUGCGUGACGAUAUACCCCACUUGGCUCAGCGCGCACAUACAUGUGAAAGAAGCAUACGCGUUUUAG